AUGAAAGUUAAAACUAUUAACAGAGAGCCUCUUUAUGUUGCAGGUGCUCAGGGUCACAACUGCUGGAGGGUGACUUACACCAAGAGGAGAAUCUGUGUCUUGAAGGGCUCCACAGUGGACAUAUCCUGCUCUUACACUCAUCCCUAUAGUUAUAUAGAACAGGGUUCAUUCUGGUUUACACAGAAACGCACUGUAGAUCUCAGUACAUAUCCAGAGUAUGCAGGUCGUGUGGAGUACAAUAGAAACACAGAGAACCAUCACACCAUGACAAUAACACACCUGACAGAGAAUGACUCUGCUGAAUACAAAUUCAGAUUACUAACAACAGAUGAGGGGAGAUUUUCUGGCCUUCCUGGUGUGAUGUUGACUGUCACAGAUAUCCUGUUGGAGAUGGAUCCUACGUCUGUGUCAGAGGGGGGGAGAGUCACACUGAGAUGUAGAACCCAAUGUACAGUCGGUCUCAACCCCACCUACAUCUGGUACAAGAACAGACAAUAUAUAGAGCAGAGGACUUCCUCUAUAUACUCUAAAUAUGUCUACAGGAAGGAUGUAGACAGCUACUCCUGUGCUGUAAAAGGCCAUGAGGAUCUCCGCUCUCCUGCAGUGUGUGUUCAUAGUUCAAACUGCUGGAGAGUGACUUACACCAAGAGGAGAAUCUGUGUCUUGAAGGGCUCCACAGUGAACAUAUCCUGCUCUUACACUCAUCCCACUAGUUAUAUAGAACAAGGUUAAUUCUGGUUUACACAGAAACACCCUGUAGAUCUCAGUUCAUAUCCAGAGUAUGCAGGUCGUAUGGAGUACAAUAGAAACACA